AUGGAGCUCAAAGUAUGGGUGGAUGGAGUCCAGAGAAUUGUGUGUGGGGUCACCGAAGUCACAACAUGCCAGGAAGUUGUAAUAGCCCUUGCUCAGGCUAUUGGCCGCACCGGGAGGUACACGCUGAUCGAGAAGUGGCGGGACACCGAGCGGCACCUGGCGCCGCACGAAAACCCCAUCGUCUCGCUGAACAAGUGGGGGCAGUACGCGAGCGACGUGCAGCUGAUCCUGCGCCGCACCGGGCCCUCCCUGAGCGAGAGGCCGACUUCGGACAGCGUGGCUCGCAUCCCGGAGAGGACUCUGUACCGGCAAAGCUUGCCUCCCCUGGCCAAGCUGAGGCCUCCCGGCGACAAGUCCAUGAAGAGGAGGGAGCCGAAAAGGAAAUCCCUCACCUUCACCGGGGGGGCCAAAGGCUUAAUGGACAUCUUUGGGAAAAGCAAGGAAUCCGAGUUCAAGCAAAAGGUGCUCAACAACUGCAAGACAACAGCGGACGAGUUGAAGAAAUUGAUCCACCUCCAGACGGAGAAACUUCAGUGCAUUGAGAAGCAGCUGGAGUCCAACGAGGCCGAGAUCCGCUACUGGGAGCAGAAGUAUAACUCCAGCCUGGAAGAAGAAAUCCUCAAGCUAGAGCAGAAGAUCAAAAGGAACGAAGUGGAGAUUGAAGAGGAAGAGUUCUGGGAAAACGAGCUGCAGAUCGAACAGGAGAACGAAAAACAGCUGAAGGAGCAGCUGCAGGAGAUGAGGCAGAGGAUCCUGGAGUGCGAGAGCAAGCUGAAGGACUACGUGUCUCAGAUCCACAACAUGGAAAGCGGCCUCGAAGCUGAAAAGUUGCAGCGGGAAGUUCAAGAGUCCCAAGUGAAUGAAGAAGAGGUCAAGGAAAAGAUUGAGAAGGUGAAGGGUGAAAUUGACAUUCAGGGCCAGCAGAGUCUGAGGUUGGAAAAUGGCAUUAAAGCCGUAGAAAGGUCUUUGGGCCAAGCUACCAAACGGUUACAGGAUAGGGAACAAGAACUGGAGCAACUGACAAAGGAGCUGCGACAGGUCAAUCUCCAACAGUUCAUCCAGCAAACAGGAACGAAGGUCACGGUGCUGCCAGCAGACCCCGUUGAGGUGGAGGCGCCGCAUGUGGAGCUCGAGAGAGAACCAACAUUUCAGUCUGGGUCACUGAAGCGCCCUGGUUCAUCGAGGCAACUCCCCAGUAACCUUCGGAUUCUACAGAAUCCCCUGUCGUCUGGUUUUAACCCGGAGGGCAUUUAUGUAUGACAGUACCGUACCUCUUCUGGAGAGGACCUAGCAAGGUACCCCGGACAAAAUACACUUUUGUUUUAUUCUGCCAAUAAUGAAUGGAAGAAGAUUUUUUUUCUUUUUGUUAAGCCACCAUAUUUUUUUUUUCUUCUUCCUCCAACACACCACUUGGAGCCAUACCCUGUGCACUGAUGCUAAAGAGACAGAGGAACUCUCUCGUUUCAUAUUUGGCAAGGAUGAACUUGCUGUGAACAUAGCUAGAGUGCAAAAACCUUCGCUUGUUUUUGCCACUUCAGAAGUGUUUGGGAAAGUAUUGUUCCAUGUAUAGGCAUAAAUAAAAGACUGAGGGUGAAGGAAACCAUGUAUGCAACUUACCCGAGGUUUAAUUUAUUCCCUUUAGUCAAUGGACGUGUGAAUGUUGACCUUUUAUAUUUUUAUUUUUAAUUUGUGAAUAAUCACGUAUGGCUGUAUGUCAGUCUGACAAGGUGACUUUAAUUUGCGUGUACAACCAUCCGCCAUUUGAUCAAGUACAACAACUUGCAAUGCAGAGUUUUGUGGAGUGCCGAACCAUUAAAAUGGUUUCUCACCACUGACUUUGUUAAUUUCUGUUGUGGGUCAUAAUAUGUCAUGUUCCAGCCAUUGCUACCUUUUAAGGCUUGAAAAGCGUGCUUGUGGGAUUUACUUGCUGUUGAAUCUGCCUUGAAUGAAGCACCUAGUGUUCAAAAGAUUUAUGGAAUUUAAACCUUGGCUUGGUAAAAAUAUUUCCAGCAUAUGAUUGAGGAUGCACUAGUUAGAUGAUAUUUUAUUAUAUAGAAUGUAUAUUUGAAAUAUUUUGCCACAUUGUAUAUGCCUUUUGAGAAAAGAACAAUGUAAGAAGUUGUCUUCAUAUAUCUUACCAAAAGACAGUAGGAGGCUUUCA